UCAGCUAAAUGAACAGACAGUUUGAGUUCAUUAUUAAACAACUGAACUCCAACGAUGAAGCAGACGACGCAGACUCAGAUGAUGAGGAGGAAGACGAGGAUGAGGAGGACCAAGACGCCAUGGAGGCUGACCUGGACAAGGCGGAGGUGCUCAAACCAAACCCAGGGGAACUUUCUGGCGAGAAACUCCUCUCCACGGAGUACCUGGGUGUGAUGACGAACGCCUCACGCAAGAAGAAUAAGCACCUGGAUGUAGUGCGGGAGGAGGGACCGUUACAGAGACCCGUUACGCCCAGUAGGAAGAUAGGGAAUGAGUUGAGUCUGCCUCCACAGGCCAGUCAAAUAUACUCGGAGGACUUUGAACAAGAGACCAGUAGAGGCCAGCCAACAGCCCGUGGUGGUCCUCCCUCGCGCCCUUCCAGUAAGGACCAGGUGCGGCCUCCUACCAGAAGUGGAAGUCGAGGCCAAAGUCGUCCCAAUACAACAGAUACUCCAAGACAAGCUGCUCCAAAGAUGGACGAGGCAGGGUCAGAGUUGGUGUCUCAGACCCUGGGGAAACAGAAACAGUUGGCCGCCCCCGUCACCCAGAGGUCGGUGAAACCUUCAGGAAAAGCUCUGGAAAAGAUGCAGGGACAGAAUGCCAAGUAAGUGUUAUUGUGAGUGGUGACAUUCCAGUUCAAGUGCUAAAAAUAUGGAAGUCACACUGACAAUGUUAAAAUAAGGUCAGGUACAGAAAAAAAAUAGAAAUAAGAGAAUUAAUAAACUUAAUUUUUUAUGUAC